UUCAUGCCUUUUUGUACAAGCUCCAAAACACUCGACAGAGGGUGUCCACAAUCCACCAGUUGAAAGAAAUGACAGCGAUUACUCGGUUGCAGCAACUGCAACUCCUCCACCACCCUCCUCUCACCCUCAGGCGUUCCAUUCUCUUUCACAAGCCCAAACAACUCACUCGCUCACGCCCUCGCAGUUUCUCCACCUCUCCAAUCCUCUGCUCCAACAAUUCUCACAACACCCCCGAGAGCUCGGCUUCAACGGUGGGAGCAAAUGCGUCAAUUGUUGGGGAUCUACUCGACUACCUCAACGAGUCUUGGACUCAUUUUCAUGCUACGGCUGAAGCGAAAAGACAACUAAUUGCUGCUGGUUUUCAUUUGCUGAAUGAGAAUGAUGAGUGGGACCUCAAGCCUGGUGGACGCUACUUCUUUACACGAAACAUGUCUUGUUUGGUUGCAUUUUCUGUUGGAGAGAAGUAUACUGUUGGUAAUGGUUUCCAUGUGAUUGCUGCACACACAGACAGUCCAUGUCUAAAAUUAAAACCAAGAUCUGCAUCAUCCAAGUCUGGAUACCUAAUGAUCAAUGUGCAGACAUAUGGAAGUGGUUUAUGGCAUACUUGGUUUGAUAGAGACCUAAGCGUAGCAGGCAGGGUCAUAUUGAGAGGCAGCAACGGUUCCUUUGUGCAUAAGCUUGUCAAAGUGAAGAGACCUCUGUUACGAAUACCAACACUGGCCAUUCACCUUGACCGCACAGUGAACAAGGAUGGAUUUAAACCAAAUGUAGAGACUCAACUAAUUCCAUUACUGGCAUCGAAACUAGAAGAAGCAUCUGUGGAGACAAAAGAGAAAAGUACCACAACAUCGUCAAAAGCAGCUCAUCAUCCAUUGCUCAUGCAGGCUCUCUCAGAUGAGCUCGAAUCUAACAUUGACGACAUAGUGAGUAUUGAGCUGAAUGUUUGUGAUACACAACCUAGCUGCCUUGGAGGUGGAAACGAUGAAUUUAUUUUUUCAGGAAGGUUAGAUAAUCUUGCCUCAAGUUAUUGCGCGCUAAGGGCUCUCAUUGAUUCAUGUAAAUCACCUGGUGAUUUAUCAAGUGAACAGGCUAUACGGAUGGUUGCCUUAUUUGACAAUGAAGAGGUUGGUUCCGGCUCAAUUCAGGGGGCUGGUGCUCCAACUAUGUUUCAGGCUAUGAGACGUAUAAUUAGUUGCUUAGCUGACAAAUAUGUUGGUGAAGAUGCUUUUGAGCGUGCAAUUCGCAAAUCAUUUCUUGUGUCAGCAGACAUGGCUCAUGGUGUACACCCAAAUUUCAUGGACAAACAUGAAGAAUACCAUCGACCAGAAAUGCAAAAGGGACUCGUUAUCAAGCAUAAUGCAAACCAGCGCUAUGCUACUAGUGGAGUUACAUCUUUUCUUUUCAAAGAAAUUGGCAAAAUCCACAACCUUCCAACUCAGGAAUUUGUGGUGAGAAAUGAUAUGGGAUGCGGAUCUACCAUAGGUCCCAUACUAGCUUCAGGGGCUGGUAUUCGUACUGUUGAUUGUGGCAUCCCUCAACUUUCUAUGCACAGUGUUAGAGAGAUAUGUGGGAAGGAAGAUAUAGACAUUGCUUACAAGCACUUCAAGGCAUUCUACCAAGCUUUCUCAAGCAUAGACAAGAAGCUGAAUGUAGAUUCGUAACAAGAACUUCGUUGACGCGAAAGUCUAGCAAGACAGUUGGGGCACAUGGAGGUUGUGUCUGUUCAAUUACAGUUUACUGGAACUGAUGGAAUCUGAGGAGGAAGCAGAACUAACAUCAAUGUCAGGACUACCUCUUAGCUUUGUGUCGGCCUUGGAGAGUUUUUGCUUCAGCUCAGAUAACAAAGCCUGAUUCUCCUGGUUGAGCACUUGAGCUUUCUUCCUUAGCAUUUCAUUUUGUCGGAUUAUAUAACAGUUUUGCAAAUGUAUCUGCGAGUUCAGCUUCUCCAUACCAAAUUGUUGGAUUAAAUGAAAUAAUGUUGUUGGAGAAACAGAGUGAGGAACUUAAUUUCAAUUGGAUAUAUAAAUACUACAUCUUCCCAUAUAGGGAACAAAA